AGGCUGGAGGGCGGGAGAAGUAAAAGUGGGGAGUAGGGUUUUCCCUUUGCUUUGAUACAGACACCCCCCCAGAUAGAGCUUUGCAUACUCACAUCCGGACACCCCUCUCCCGCCCGCACCAGAGCCAGCCAGUGACCUUGGGGGGGCAUUUGUGCUAUAGGUGCUGACAGGAGGGGGGCUGUGCCCAGUGCUGGACAAAGGGCAGCAAAUGGCAUUGCAGUUUAUCAACCCUGUCCUUCCAGUGAAACAUGGACAGCCAGCCCCACCUGACAGGCUGCGCCGGGUGAUGCCAUGUGGGCCUCAGCCUCCCUUGGGGUUCCUUGGCCCUCCCCAUCCCACAGCCUCAGUGUGCCCUGUGAUCGCACCCUCCUGCCAACUCCAGGCUCUCUUGCCUGAUGAGCCCUUAUCUAACAGGCCUCUGCCUGUCCCCAGACUCCCCCACCCAUUCCCAGGAGGGGCAGCCCACUCAUCCCUGUGCCUCUGUGGUGAGGCAGCUCACAGCAGGUGGUCGGCUCCGGACUCCAGCAGCGGCCCUGCAGGGCAGCCGGCCCCAUUUCCCACCGCCCCACCCAUGAUGCCUCCGCCCUUUCUGCCUCCUCCUGGAAUCCCCCCUCCCUUCCCCCCCAUGGGACUCCCUCCCAUCGGGCCGAGACCGCCAGCGAUGCCUCCUAUGCCCCCUGGCAUGAUGCCACCUCUGCUCCCGCCCAUGGCAGGGCCCCCUCCCAUAGGACAGAUGCCGCCCAUGGUGCCUCCCAUGAUGCCAGGGAUGCUGAUACCAGGGGUGCCCUCUGGUCCUGUCCCUGCAGUGGCGGCUCCUGUGACAGACCCAAUUGGCGCUGCUCCGGCCCAACCGGCACCCACACUCCCGAAUCCCAUGGUGGCCCCCGUCCAGCAUAGCCUGAUGGGCAGUGGUUCCCCAGCGCAGGAUGCCCCCCGCAAGAAGCCCCCCUGGAGCGAGCACAGGGCCCCAGACGGACGCAUUUACUAUUACAAUUGCAACUCCAAGCAGUCCACCUGGGAGAAGCCGGAUGAGCUGAAGUCCAAAGCAGAGCUGCUGAUAUCCCAGUGCCCCUGGAGGGAGUACAAGUCCGACACGGGCAAAUCUUACUACUACAACUCCCAGAGCAAAGAGUCGCGCUGGACCAAGCCGCGGGACCUGGACGAGCUGGAGGCGCUCAUCGACGAGGAGGAGGCAGGGAAGCAGCAGGAGACCCCAUCAGCAGCCUCCAGCCCCAGCCUGUCCUCGUCCGCCAGCACGGACACGGAGGCGCCGGGCGGGGAGGAGCACACGCCUGUGCUGGGGGCCACAAUGGAAGGCCUGGAGGAGGUGGCCCUGCAGCAGGAGGAAGUGACCAGCAGUGCUGACCCCGGCCGGUGUGAGGAGGAGGAGACGGGGGCCGGGGAGAGGAGCGCCUUCAACUGGAGCACCAAGGAGGAGGCCAAGCUGGCCUUUAAGGAGCUGCUGAAGGACAAGGGCGUCCCCUCCAACACGUCGUGGGAGCUGGCUAUGAAGAUGAUUGUGGAUGAUCCGCGGUACAGCGCCCUGCCCAAGCUGAGCGAGAAGAAGCAGGCCUUCAAUGCCUACAAGGCCCAGCGGGAGAAGGAAGAGAAGGAGGAGGCUCGGCUGAAGGCCAAGGAGGCCAAAGAGGAGCUGCAGCGCUUUCUGGAGCAGCACGAGCGCAUGAGCUCCAUCACCCGCUACAGGAAAGCCGAGCAGAUGUUCGGGGAGCAGGAGGUGUGGGCCAUAGUCCCAGAGCGUGACCGCAAGGAGAUCUACGACGAUGUGCUCUUCUUCCUGGCCAAGAAAGAGAAGGAACACACCAAGCAGCUGCGCAAGCGGAACAUCCAGGCCCUGAAGAACAUCCUGGACAGCAUGAGCAAUGUCAGCUUCCAGACCACCUGGUCCGAGGCCCAGCAGUACCUGAUGGACAACCCCACCUUUGCCGAGGAUGAGGACUUGCAGAACAUGGACAAGGAGGAUGCCCUGAUCUGCUUCGAGGAGCACAUCCGCACGCUGGAGAAGGAGGAGGAGGAGGAGAAGGAGAAGACGAGGCUGCGUGAGAGACGCCAGCAGCGCAAGAACAGGGAGGCCUUCCAGGUAGCGGCGCCCUGGGGCCUGGAAGGGGGGGAUGGCUUGAUUUGCCUGGGCCUGGGCUCGGUGGAGCAGGAUGGCCUGGGACCCCUCUGCUCAGGCUCCACCCCCCUGGACUUGUUUAAAUUCUACGUGGAGGAUCUCAAGGCUCGUUUCCAUGACGAGAAGAAGAUCAUCAAGGACAUCUUAAAGGAUCGCGGCUUCAGCGUGGAGGUGAAGACGACCUUCGAGGACUUCGCCCACGUCAUCAGCUUUGACAAGAGGGCGGCCACGCUGGACGCAGGCAACAUCAAGCUGACCUUCAACAGCCUGCUGGAGAAGGCCGAGGCGCGGGAGCGGGAGCGGGAGAAGGAGGAAGCGCGCAAACUGCGUCGCCGCGAAGCAGCCUUCAAGAGCAUGCUGAAGCAGGCCGCCCCGCCCCUGGAGCCCGGGCGGGCCGUGGGUCUGUGCCCGCAGAACGAGUGCCAGCACUACCACGCCAAAGCCAAGAAACACACCAAGAGAGGCAGGAAACACCAUCGGAAGCGCUCGCAGUCGGGCUCAGAGUCGGAGCUGGAGUCCCACCACCAGCGGGCCCAGAAGCGGAGGAAGCGGAAUCACUCGGAGUCCGGCUCAGAGCUCUCCUCCUCGCCCGACUCAGAUCUCAGCUCCCGCAAGUCCCGGAAGCAGAAGAAGAAAAGCAAGAAGAAGAGGCACAAAUCGAACAGUCCCCAGAACGAAGGGAAGGAGAAAGGCAGGAAGGGGAAGGAGAAGGAGAAGGAGCCAGAGCGGGCAGAGGGCCGACGGCGUUCCCCCCAACGCAGCCUCAAGAGGGAGAAGGUAAAGGGGGUGCCGGGGGGCAGAGGUGCUGGCUGUGGAGGGCAAGAGCUAGAGAGGGCUUUGCUGGCCCCAGGACGCCGGCACUUUGGACGGCGGCCGCAGGGCCGGGGCUGGCUGGAUGCGCCCAGGGCCUGGCGCCGAGGCUGGCGGGUGCUGGUCACAGGGAUGGCCGUGGGGCGUGUGCUGCUGAGGGGCGUGGCCAGGCCCAGCGCAUUGUUACUGGGGCGCUGCUCGUACUCUGGGAAUUAA